CCGCUGGAAAGUGAUGGCCAGCAAGUGUGAAGGCCUGGGAAGAGGAAAUGGCCGUGCAACUGCAUUAACAGCCACCACACUCACCUUUCCCUCCUUCCUGGGCUGACAUGGCACUGCUGUGGCUGGGAGGUCACGGACCUGCACAAAGGAUCAAGUAGAGCACCCUGAUUCAGCAGAACUGGCUGGUUGUGCUGCAGUCAUCAUGAGAAGGCACAGGGUCAUUCGUUUCUUAACAUAUGUAUAAGAAAAAGGUUUAGACAAGGAUCUGGUGGUCGUUCCCUGACAAAUGGAGAACUAUUUCCAAGCAGAGGCAUAUAACCUCGAUAAGGUUUUAGAUGAAUUUGAGCAAAACGAAGAUGCCACUGUUUCACCUACUCUGCUGGGAGCAAAGUGGAAUCAGAUUCUAGAUCCGCCUUCUCGUCGCCUGUCAUUCAACUCGACUGUGGCCACCGUGAAUGAAGCUACAACUCCUAAUGAAUGUCAGCAGAGGUUAAAGGCUUUCUCCUUGUCCCACUCAGUGACUACAGCAACAGGAGGAGGAGAUCCCUGUGCUAAUGGAAAGGAUUUUAGCAUAAGCCCAGAGACCCCCGUCAUGUGGAUUGACGAUCAGGCAGCAGCAGAUGAUCAGUUGAUUAAAAGAAAUAGUAAUAGGGAUGAUCAGUGUAAUUUUGUGGAAGCAGGAGAAAAGAAAUGUGGAAAUACAGCUUGCUUGCCAGAGGAGAAGAAUGUGUUAGUGGUGGCAGUUAUGCACAACUGUGACAGAAGAACACUACAAAGUGGAGAUGUGGUGGAUUGUACAAAUUGCAGCAGUCGGUCCCUAAUGGACUCUAUUAGCUUUACACUGGAUAAUGAAAACCGACAGAGUGACCAGUUUAGCGUUACUGUAAAUGGAUCCACAGAAAAGGAUAUUGAUACAGAAAAGCAAGUAAACAGGCUGUGCACUGAAGAUGACUCUGUAAGUCAUUUGGUUAAUGCUUCAUCUGAAAGCCUGACCGCUGCAUGCCCCUCCUCUCGAUCAAAGGAGGAUUUUAAUAUGAGUAAAGAUUUGCUGUUUUCAGAAGCUGCAGCUGCAGGGAUCAAUGCAGUGACUCUCUUACAGAGACCAGUUGAUGGUACUGGUAAAAUGCAAGAAAAUUGUGCAUCAGUUGAAAAUUUCACCAGUAAAGCCAUUCCUCAGAGAACAGAUCUAGAAGCUACAAACUCUUCUGGUUCUAGUAGUGGAAGCUUAAUCGUAGAACAGGAAACAACGUUGCAGUCCAGGCUAUCUGGGCUCACUGAAACCUGUCAACCUGACGUGGCUGGAAGUGGCAAUUGCAAGGAAUGUGUUGCUGAGGAUGUUAGUGCCACUGAAAGCGAAGUCAUUGAAUGUGAUAAAAAUCUCGGCACAACGGAAUUGCACAGCAUGGCAGAAUGUUACCCUGAAUCUCAGGAGGUGACUAAUUGGGAGCUGACAAAGUUGAAUGAGAUGAAUAAUAAGCAAACUCUAGGAGAGAAUGAAAGACUUUUGCAGACCAAACAGCCUGAUGAUGCAUGUGGGAAUAGCAAAGAAGAUGAAGAUGGGGUAUUGGAGGCAGGCAUAGACUUAAAGGGGUCUGGUACAGAUGAGCUUGGAGGGUCCGGUCUCCCUGAUGUGAUGGCUACAUCAGCAGCAAGCUCUCUGUCUAAUUGUUGUGAUUCCUAUGGAAUGCAGAACCCAGUUGUUGCUCAUGUUCCAAAGACUUUACCCUCCAAGGAAGACUCGGUAACAGAGGAGAAGGAGAUUGAGGAAAGCAAGUCAGAAUGUUACACUAACGUUUAUGAACAGAGAGGAAAUGAGACCGCAGAAGGGAGUGGUCUUAUUUUAAACAGCACUGGUGAUCACAUAAAGAAAAAUUAUUUGCAUAAUUCAUCCAUGCAAGGGCAGACUUCACCAAAACCAAUGACUAACCUGCAAUAUAUCAGUGUUCCUUUUGGUGGUGCAAGACCGAAGCAACCCACAAAUCUGAAACUGCAGAUUCCGAAGCCAUUAUCGGACCACUUACAAAAUGACGUUAUUCCCCCAAAUUGUGGAGGUAAUAGUAAAAACAAAAAUGUCUUUGGUAAGACACAGUUAGGGGAUACAGCAGACACGUUUCCUGGUGAAACAUCCUCAAAUGCCUCUGGUACUGGUUCUAACGGGGAACACUUGGACGAGUAUGAAUCUGGAGUCUCUAAUAGUUCGUGCCUUGCAGUAGCCCCAGAUAGUCCAGAUAAUGAUCUCAGAGCUGGUCAGUUUGGAGCUCCAGCCAGAAAGCCUUUUACAACUUUGGGUGAGGUGGCUCCAGUGUGGGUUCCAGAUUCUCAAGCACCAAACUGUAUGAAAUGUGAGGCCAGAUUUACAUUCACCAAAAGAAGGCACCAUUGCAGAGCCUGUGGGAAGGUGUUCUGUGCCGCGUGCUGUAGCCUGAAGUGCAAGCUGCUGUACAUGGACCGAAAGGAAGCCAGAGUGUGUGUGAUCUGCCACUCAGUGCUGAUGAAUGCUCAAGCCUGGGAGAACAUGAUGAGUGCCUCAAGCCAGAGCCCUAACCCUAACAAUCCUGCUGAAUACUGUUCUACUAUCCCUCCUUUGCAGCAGGCUCAGGCCUCGGGCGCCCUGAGCUCUCCGCCUCCCACUGUCAUGGUACCUGUGGGAGUUCUGAAGCAUCCUGGAGCAGAAGUGGCUCAGCCUAGAGAACAAAGGCGUGUUUGGUUUGCUGAUGGGAUUUUACCCAAUGGAGAAGUUGCCGAUGCAGCAAAGCUGACAGUGGCUGGGACAGCUUCCACAGGAACCUUAGCAGUGUCUCAUGAUCCAUCAAAGCCCAUGGCCAACAACACUUUAUCAGCAGAAACUGAUAAUGCCUCUGUAUUCUCGGGAAAUAUAACUCAGGUUGGCAGUCCUGUUGGCAGCGCAAUGAAUCUGAUUCCUGAAGAUGGUCUCCCUCCAAUUCUCAUCUCCACUGGAGUAAAAGGAGACUAUGCUGUGGAGGAGAGACCUUCUCAGAUCUCUGUCAUGCAGCAGCUGGAGGAUGGUGGCCCUGACCCUCUAGUAUUUGUUUUAAAUGCUAAUCUGCUGUCCAUGGUAAAAAUAGUAAAUUAUGUGAACAGGAAGUGCUGGUGUUUCACCACGAAGGGCAUGCACGCCGUGGGGCAGUCGGAGAUCGUCAUUCUCCUGCAGUGUUUGCCUGAUGAGAAAUGUUUGCCUAAGGAUAUCUUUAACCAUUUUGUGCAACUUUACCGGGAUGCCUUAGCAGGUAACAUUGUUGGCAACCUGGGACACUCCUUUUUCAGCCAGAGCUUCCUUGGAAGCAAAGAACACGGAGGGUUCUUGUACGUUGCGGCGACGUAUCAGUCCCUGCAGGACCUGGUGCUCCCAACCCCGCCAUACUUGUUUGGCAUCCUCAUCCAGAAGUGGGAGACUCCCUGGGCCAAGGUGUUCCCCAUCCGCCUGAUGCUGAGACUCGGAGCUGAAUACAGGCUUUAUCCAUGCCCACUUUUUAGCGUCAGAUUCCGUAAGCCUUUGUUUGGAGAGACUGGCCACACCAUCAUGAACCUCCUUGCAGACUUCAGAAACUACCAGUACACACUACCUGUGGUCCAAGGUUUAGUGGUUGAUAUGGAAGUCAGAAAAACCAGCAUCAAAAUACCUAGCAACAGAUAUAAUGAGAUGAUGAAAGCCAUGAACAAAUCCAACGAGCACGUGCUGGCAGGGGGAGCGUGUUUCAACGAGAAGGCAGACUCGCAUCUGGUGUGUGUCCAGAACGACGAUGGCAACUACCAGACACAGGCCAUCAGCAUCCACAACCAGCCCAGGAAAGUGACUGGUGCCAGCUUCUUUGUGUUCAGUGGAGCUUUAAAAUCCUCUUCAGGCUUCCUUGCCAAAUCCAGUAUAGUGGAAGAUGGAGUGAUGGUCCAGAUAGCUGCUGAGAACAUGGACUCUUUGAGACAGGCCUUGAGAGAGAUGAAAGACUUCACCAUCACCUGUGGCAAAGUAGAUGCUGAAGACCCUCAGGAACAAGUUCACAUUCAGUGGGUAGAAGAUGAUAAAAACUUUAAUAAAGGCGUUGUGAGCCCUAUUGAUGGCAAAUCCAUGGAAUCCAUAACCAGCGUGAAGAUAUUCCACGGCUCCGAGUACAAGGCCAACGGGAAGGUCAUCCGGUGGACAGAGGUGUUUUUUCUGGAAAAUGACGAGCAACACAGUGGGCUGAGUGACCCAGCUGAUCACAGCAGACUGACUGAAAAUGUGGCAAAAGCUUUCUGUCUGGCUCUGUGUCCUCAUCUGAAACUGCUGAAAGAAGACGGAAUGACUAAGCUGGGUCUGCGUGUGACACUGGACUCGGAUCAAGUUGGUUAUCAAGCUGGGAGCAAUGGACAGCCACUGCCCUCUCAAUACAUGAAUGACCUGGACAGUGCCUUAGUGCCAGUGAUUCAUGGAGGGGCCUGUCAGUUGAGUGAGGGGCCAGUCAUAAUGGAGCUCAUCUUUUAUAUUCUGGAAAACAUCUCAUAAGAGGACUUCAUUUUCUGUUCAGACCUGUUCCAGCAGCAGUUGUAUCUGAAUCAUUUGCACUUUAAAACUGGAAAAUUAAGCUUUUGUUAACACUAUUGGGGAAGGGGGGGAGGGGGCGGGACAGUUGUUCCAUAAUUCUAAAUCUUCUAUGCAUUGUCAACAACCAGAGGAUCAGGGCAGCUUCUAUACUACAACAUGGCUAUGCUAUCCUUGCAGCUAAUCCACUUCUGUUACUGUUUAGGAAAAUGCUCAUGUUUAAAGACUUACAGUCGUGUACUCUCAAUGCUCAAAGGGUGCGAAGAUCGCUGGGGCGUAAAUAAAAAGUGAAAUUCCAACCUUGUACUGUCUGUAGAUGGACAUGUAAGAAACAAUCAAGACCUCCAUUCUGACCUCAUCCUGAUGCCAUUUGUGGUUAUUCUGUAGACAUUAAAAAGUAACGUUUACAUUAUUUUGACCAGGUUAGUGGUUGAAAUACAUCUGGAGAAGCCCUUGAGAGACAGAGAAAGAUUCCCAUGCCAUAACCCUGUUUGUCUGUGCGUCCAGAGGAGCAGGACAGGCAUCUCUGAAAGUUACUGAACUGCAGCUGUGUGUGUGUAAUAGGCUAGUUUCCUUCUCUCCUCUCUUUACCACGAAAGUCCAUCACUUGGGCAGGUUUCUGUGAUCUACAACUCUGCUGUUCUGUACUUUGUUUACAAAUCUGUCUGAAGCAGAGGAAAGAUCAGCCCUCAAGUGCAGUUCCAUCUUGUUCCUUGUCCCCUCCCUGCUGUUCGCUGUAGUGUAACGCCAGUGUCAUGUAACCCAAGCCAGCUUGCACUUCUUAUUGCAGCCCCAUGUCCAAGCUUACCUGUGAUAGCAGUGGAGUGGCUGUUCCUGCAUGUUCUGCUGAAAAAGGCUUUGUGGUCAGUUCUGAACACGUGCACUCGGCCCAGUGCUCCUGGUCUCACCUGAGAGGGCUUUGGUAAGGAAAGCAGCUGCUCGUGUGUGCCAGGGCAUUAAGGAGCUGGAAUUGAGCAUCAGCCAGAGGAAAUGUGGUCCCAUGUUCUUACUGUCUCCAUGGAAAGCUGCUAACCAGUGGCAAGAGCUGUAAGCAGGAGAAGGGGUUUGAUUUGUUCAGCCAGUCAUGCAAAGCAGCUCUUUUGAGUCCUUCCCAGGAAGAGGGGUGAAGGUUUCUCCUCCUGUCUAGAACUAAUUAAUGUGGAAGAGAGGUGCUAAUUUAUGGUGCACAUUUGUGGUGUCAACCAUUCCCUGUUGCCGUCCAUUCUGGGGAAGCAGCGGGGCCUGGCUGGGCUGUGCUGUGACACGGUGACACCAGGGGCCUUGCACAGAGAAAGGGAAGUGCCAGGCCACUGUGAGACUGAGGCUCUGCUUUUUAAACAAAUCACCACCGCUGGCUGGGCAAGGGAAGGAUGACUGCACACAGUGAUACAUUCCAUAGAAAGGCAGCCCAGUGUCUGCACAGAGUGCACUUGGGAAUAAAUGGCUGCUGCUUUUCAAAAAAAACAAAGUAUGACAAAUCCGAUGUUCCAAAUCACAGCUGGCACCACCCAGCCCUUGGAGAAGACUGGCCAGGGAACAGGGGCCAACCCUACAAACAAAAGCUGGCCAGCAAGAGGGAGCAAGUACCAAACUUCAGAGGGUAUCAGAUCCAAGUGAAGCCUUACCUCUGGCAUUUGGGAGAGGGUGGGUGACCUAAUGCACCUCAUUGAGUGGCUCCUGCUGGCCAAAGCAGGAGCUGUGACCCAGCCCAGCUGCACUGAGGCCACUCGCUCGCCCUCUGCACCCUGGUUCUGCCCCCUGGGACACGGUGUAGGCGCGGUUCCACAGCUGGAAGAGCAUUCCAGAAACUCGGUAAUAAUCUUCCUCCUAGAGCCUGCACUCCAGCUUUGCCACAGCAGCAGCUUUCCAGUUAUUCCGUUGCAUUGUUACGCUUAAUAAUGCAGUAAAAGAGGUGAAAAAUGUUUAUCUUCUCUUCCUUUGCCCCAGAAGUCUUUUAGGUUUGGAUUCUGUUUGUGUAAAACACUAUCAAACUGGUGACCGACAUGUCUGCUUCAACCAUAGCCUUUGAAAUGACCUUAAUUACCAUGUUGUUAAGAAAUGAGUACUUGUUUAGAAAAAAAAUUGUACUUUUAAAAUUCAGUUAGUUAACACUGCAAAAAACUGCAUAUUAUAUUUUUAUUUUCAACAUGUAGUUUUGUAUAUUAAAUUUAUUGAAAUUAAAAACUAAA